AUGGCCCAUGAAGAACCUCCCGUGCAAAAGUAUGCAUCAGAAGAUUUGUAUUCUCAAGCAAACAAAGAUCUACUGAGAUACAAACUCCAGGACGGGCCUCUUGACUCAAGUGGAAAAGCUUUAAGCCUUCAAGCAAUCAAGCCUCCAGGUCUCAAGGAUUUCGCAGUCACCAACUUCAUCAAAGGUGAUGGGAACUGUCAAUUUUAUGCAGUUUCUAUGCUUCUUCAAGGCAACACAGAUCUUCACAUAGAGCUGAGGGCACGUGCUGUGGCACAUAUAGAGAAUAACAAGGAGGAUUUUAUACAUUUUGUUGCUCUUGAUGGAAAUCACAAGUCUUGGGAAGAGUAUUGCACGAACAUGAAAAAAGAUAAAGAGUAUGGUGAUGAAUUGACUCUUCAAGCCUUGGCCAGAGUAUAUCAGCGUAAUUUCCUUGUUCUAAGUGACAGUCUAAACCAUAACUCAGUCUUAGUAGUUCCGGUACAAGGUAGUGAGUCGAAUGAUAUGCCAUACCUUCCCCUAUAUCUUAACCAGCUGCAUUACGAAAUUCUGUUGAAGGAUAAUGGGACUCCAAACUUAGAGGGAAAGAACACGGACUUUUUAACCAACUCUGAAAUUCACAAGUCACCAUCAUCCAUUGAACUUCAAAUUCAAGCCACUGAAACCGGAGGAGCUGGAAUUGCACCCGUCGAAGCUGAUACUCUUUCAGACUCGGAUCGUGUCCCGCUCAUAGAUCACACUCAACCAGAAACGGAACAUCAACGUCCAACAGAUGUGGUACCUUCACCUGUUUACGGAGGUCGUCAUUCAGGGCAAGGAAACCCAAGCCGCAGGAGUUAUAGAUCCCGUCUGAUGAAUCUGCUAUUAAAAUUCUGGAGUAAGAGCAUUCGGUCGAUUUGGAAAAGGAUAAUGUCGAUGUUCAAACGUCAUCGGAAACAUAGUUGA